CUGAAAGAUCACGAUGUAUGAAGACUCCUGGUACAGUUAUGUGCCCAACUCGCAAUCCAAGAGUGAUGCUGCGGCAUCUCAAUCGGCGAAGCAUCACCGAAGAGAGUCUUUGCUCAAACAAACAAAUGGGAAUGAUUCUAGCAUCAAUGCUGGACCGAUGAUGGAGAUUUUUGAUGAAUCUACAAGCGUUAAAGGACCGCCCAAAGCAACGCUUGCCAGAAGAGCAAAGUCGUACAGUGACUUCUACGAUGUUGCCAUGAGUUUCUUGGCCAAAGAAGCAAAGACGGAGGCACCACGUGAUGCUCUGGACUCCAACCUAGACAACUCAGCUCCUGUUUCAAUGACGGCCAGAUACGAGGGUGUGGAAGAUGAACUUCUAGACGGGAACCAAGAAGAGUAUCAGCUUUACAGAGAUCAGCUGGCUUUGUCCGAGAGACAUCUGAAUACCUUGCUCAACGAUACCACUGAUGCUUUGGACCUACUAGCUUCAUUAUCAGAGUCUUUUAAAGCGGUUGAAUCCGAGACGACGGCAUUCCAAAGCCAAUGUGAAGAUCUGUUGGUCGAACAGCAGCGAUUACGCACUCUUGCCGAUGAGAUAGGAACAGAUUUGCAAUACUAUGCAUAUCUCGAACCUCUGACUCGACGACUCAAUGCUCCGGGUGCCGCCAGGCUUGUCCGAAGCGAUGACUUUCUAGACAUGUUGAUGAAUCUUAACACCUGCAUUGAGUUCAUGGAUUUACAUCCGAACUACCGAGAUUCAACGGUCUACAAGACGAGAUAUAUAUCGCUUCUAGAACGAUCCCUCAACCUUGUCCAGACAGCAUUCUCUUCAGCUAUGAAAGAAGUCACAGACGAGGUCACCAAAGAACUCCGUUCGAAAGACCACAAUGAAACAGCAGAGUAUAUCCUCCUGCAUGGAAGAUAUGAAACCGUCCAUGCGAACUUGGGCCUACAAGUUGAGAAGCUUCUUACCACUAGAGAUUUCGCAUUUGGACAAGCAGGCUCUAAUGAUCCACCGGGACCCCACGUCUUUCGAUUUCAUGAACUAUACUACCAAGUUGUAGAUUCUUAUCUCAGAUCUCGGGAGCCAGUGGUCAUCGUGGUUGCGAAAACUCUCAAAAAGUACGUGGCUAAUGAAAAGCCUGACACUGAGUUCGAGUCCUUCGCCAGACUUUGCAUACAGCACAUCCUUGACGUGUGUCAUAAUGAAUCGAAAUUGGUCACGAAAUUCUUUCACGGUGGCCCUCUCUUGGCUGAUUAUGUGCCACUGGAAGGAUGGAACAAAAGCACAGAGUACGCAGGAAGACUCGAAGCCAACAUACUGUCACACUUGGAGCCGCUCAACACUACCCUCAUACCAUUUCUCAGUACUGGAGGCGUUGAGAAGAUUUGCAAGAUUGUCAAUUGGUUAGAGAAUAUCUACAUGUCGUCCUCGGAUGGUGAUUCCGAGGACUAUUCUAUCAAGGACAGAAAGCCCAUAGCUCAAGCUUUCUUGGUCAGGCAUCUGUACAAGCUACUAGAUACAUUAUUUCUCAAGACUGCCGGAGAGAUUAACCACUUCAAACCCACACAGGAGGACCUCCGACUUGCUAUCAAUGCAGCACCCUUGGCCGGAGGCAAGAAUAGACCAACAACAAGCAAUGGGCAGUCUAAUGAUGAAAAGCCUCCUACACCUAGCACCCAAGGCCCUCCAGGGUCUUACACGUACCCGACGGUUCAGACUGCUAUCAAGUUGCUGGUUAUGUAUCACGAAGGGACCUAUGAUAGGCCGAGAGACAGCAACGUUCUUUAUGAGAUUGUCCAUCAAGUUACGGAAUCUCUCCAGAAAGCAGCUACAACUAUCAAACACACCUCUGGGAUGAUGGACGCUCAACUAUUUCUCAUCAAGAAUCUGAUGCUGAUCGAAAAUCUAUUUAUGACAAAAGAAAUCCCAGACAGCAUUAGACAGUCGACAGAAUUUGACUUCACACCAAUUUGGAACACCAUGAAAGAGCUCCAAGACCAGAAGCAGCUAUACAACCCUGUGGCCUAUAUCUCACCGCUUGUGAAGGGCAAGCUACUUCCAGCCGUAGUCGAUCGUAUGUUGGAUGCAAGGAAGGAUUUAGAAAAGGUUUUGGUUCAGCAGAUUACCGCAUUCACGAAGACCUGGCAAGGUCGACUUGCAGACGCCAAAAAUAGAGAGGACAUGGAAAAGGAACUCGAUGCUUUGUUGAACAAAGUAUUUGACGAUGAGACGACGAGGGCUGCACUAUGGAAAAUGAUUCGUUCAGAUGAGUAAGGCUGGCAAAGCAAAGUUAGACGUGUACUGUGAAAGAUACCCAAAAAAUAAUAGAGGUUUUAUCGAUUAUCACUUUCUUUGAGGCUAGAUUAGUUUCCUUGUACUUUAAACUCCAAAAAAUGG